AUGGCACUCAGGUACGAGUUGGAGCAAUGGGAUCGAGGAGUAAAGGCUUUUGAAAACAAAGAUUAUGACGCUGCAUUAAAAUGUUUUGAGGAUAUUGCUGAUUGUGCAAGGUUUUACUUUAAUAUCGGAAUAAUCUACGCUACAAUGGGUGAGCAUGAAGCAGCUUGCGAAUCGUACAAAGAAGCAGUAAAGCUUGAUCAAUAUUUCGCUGUGGCUCAAUUUCAACUGGGAGUUUCUUAUUUCCUCACGGGUAACUUUGAAACCGCUCUUAUAAGUUUCAAUGACGCAUUCCUGAAUCUACGUGGUAACAGUUUGAUCGAUUACGAACAACUCGGUCUUAAAUUCCGUUUAUACAGCUGCGAAGUACUAUUUAAUCGAGGACUAUGCUAUUUCAAUCUCGGAAAGAUUGAAGAAGGAAUGGCUGAUUUUAAUUAUGCGACAAAGGAAAGGCAGACGGAAGAGCAUAACGUCAUUGGUGAGGCUGCAAAGGUUAAUGGACAGGGCUUUACCGUAUUUUCACUUCCAUCCGCGCGGAAAGCAAAGAGAGGAACAAACCAACAAGCACAAACUGUAAUUUUUAAUGGCCGGACAGUAUCACCAUCGUUUCCCAUUUCCCAACGAAUAUCUCUAUCAACAAAUCCACGCUCUCCUCCUCCAUUCCCAACUUCAUCCACAUCACUUUCUCGUCAAAACACAUUGAAUAGUCAAAACACAGUGUCCCGUCAGAAUACAUUAUCCAGUCUGCAUGCGCUCUCUCGCCAAACCACUCUUAAUAGUCAGAACACACUUGCCGGCCAAAACACAUUUCAGAACGGAUUAUCAAUGUCUCCGCCCCAAACCGAUCUCAAACGCGAUAAUUAUGCCUCUGGUUCCAUUUUAAUAAGUUAUAAUGGAUUUGCUGCUGAUUCAAACACACUUAGCGAUCGAUCGAUCAGUCCGACAGUUCCUCCCAAUUCCAACUUCAAUAGCAUGUCUAGUACACCAGAUUUGUACGCGGGCGGAAACGAAGAUGACGACGAGAUAAUGUCAUCGUCUUUACCAUCGAUCACUAGACAGGCACCCAAGAAAACAUUUGUCACCAACCUUUUAGGAAUCGGCUUACAGAGGUCGUUUUCUCUGUCGGGAGUAAAAUCGACCCCGAAACGACAGAAUUCUUUGAAAAGUCGAAGUCCGGCAUCACCAAACUUAUCCACGUCCAACAUUUCAGCACCAAUUUCGUCACCUCCGAAUGUAGCAAUACUUCAGCGACCGCCAUCGCUUCGCAAGCAGAUCUCAUUACCAUCAUUAUCAUCCAACACACCAACCGUACAAGGAUUCACCGUAUAUCCAAGGAGGCAAAUAACGCCACCGCCAGAGCCGGGGUACAAUAGUACAAACGGCAUUCAGAAUGAUAGUGAUAAUAUGAACGGAGGACAACCGAAUCGAUCCAUGUCACUUCGAAGAGGUCAACCCCCAUUUCCCACGCGCGGUUUUCUCCGCGAGAGAAGUAACACCGACUCUCGCGAACUCUCACCUAUUCCAAUAUCUCCACUGUCACCUAACGGCAUCACCAUACCCAUACGGCGAAACACCAGAGCUCGUGCACAGUACCUUCAAAAACAAUUGGGUGGUGGCAGCGUAUAUAAUCAAAACGGAGGCUAUUCUUCAGAUGAAGCAUAUGCCUCGCCGCCAGAAGAUUGGAAUAAUAUAUACGACUAUGUAAUGAACGAAGACUCGCCACACGAUUAUGACCCGCGUGCAGACGUUGAUCGUGUAAUAAACAAAACGUCGAAAUCGGGCAAGGUUGAUUUGCUCAAGAUAUCGACAUCUCCGCACUCGGUGUCGCCGUCGUACUUGUCUCCGCAAACGGCCUCGUCGGAAAGACCGUAUGCUGACGUUAUUUUUUCGUCGACUUUGAGCGAGAAUGGAUAUCGAUAUGGAAGUGAUGACGAAAUGCCUGGAAGAAGAAAUACGCAAAACACGAAUAAUGAUAAUUGGUCUAGUACGAGAACGGAUGACAAGAUACGCAUUCGCAUCUACUACAAAGACACCCGCGCACUUUUAAUUCCACCAACAAUAACAUUCCCAGACUUGAUAAAACGUAUUCAAGACAAAUUCCAAAUUACCAAUUCGAUCAAUUUACAAUACAAAGACGAAGAUAACGAAAUGGUCAUGAUGAUUGAUCAAGAGGAUUUGGAGAUGGCUUUACCGUAUGCUGAGAGUGGUCGGAUGGAC